AUGGAUGACAGUUAUAGAAAUGUGAAAAAGGAUGGAUGGGUCAAAAGAUUUAAAUAUUUUGUGAGUUUGCAGAAUGAAACUUUGGAAGAGUUAGAAAACCGAUAUGGAGUCUUACUUGAAUACUUGAAAGAACAUGAGAUAUUUCUAUCAGAUGGUGAAAAGAUAGAAAAGUUUGCAGAUGCAUUACCUGUUGAAUGGAGUGAAUGUUUAGAAAAUUUAAGGAAGGAUUCCAGUUUUUCAAAAUUACAUCUAAACAAAUUCAUCAGCAAACUUAAAACUCAUGAAGUUGAAAGCAGAAAGAAAAGAAAAGAUAUGAUUAAAGUGUUGGAAAAUCAUGUGUUGGGUUUGGGUUUAGAUGUGAUUGAGGAGAUGUGUACAGUCAGGGCAAAUGAAAAGGAAGCUUCAAGUGCUGAGGAAUCUGCAAAGAUUGCGUUGUCAAAUUGUGAAACAGUGUGCUCUAAGUGUGACAGCUUCAAGACUGACUAUGACAAACUGUUGAAUGCGGAAAGUUUGACAUCAAAAGUCAAGGAGUUGGAAGUUGAGAAGCAAACUGAUGAAAAACAGAUUCUGAAUGAAACUUUGGAAGAGUUAGAAAACCGAUAUGGAGUCUUACUUGAAUACUUGAAAGAACAUGAGAUAUUUCUAUCAGAUGGUGAAAAGAUAGAAAAGUUUGCAGAUGCAUUACCUGUUGAAUGGAGUGAAUGUUUAGAAAAUUUAAGGAAGGAUUCCAAUUUUUCAAAAUUACAUCUAAACAAAUUUAUCAGCAAACUUAAAACUCAUGAAGUUGAAAGCAGAAAGAAAAGAAAAGAUAUGAUUAAAGUGUUGGAAAAUCAUGUGUUGGGUUUGGGUUUAGAUGUGAUUGAGGAGAUGAUCAAAAGGAUAGUUGAAUGUGUUAGAGCAAAAUAUGUGAUGAAAUACGAUUUUAAGAGAGGUACAGUCAGGGCAAAUGAAAAGGAAGCUUCAAGUGCUGAGGAAUCUGCAAAGUUUGCGUUGUCAAAUUGUGAAACAGUGUGCUCUAAGUGUGACAGCUUCAAGACUGACUAUGACAAACUGUUGAAGAAUGCGGAAAGUUUGACAUCAAAAGUCAAGGAGUUGGAAGUUGAGAAGCAAACUGAUGAAAAACAGAUUCUGAAUAAAUCCGAGCCGCCUAGAUUAAAGCAGACUGAAGACAACAGAGACAAAUCGAGGGCUCUCGCUGUGAUUUACGAUGAUGAGGGGUACGAUUGCAGUAAGGAAGUUCUACCGGAAGAAGAUGAGGUGGGUUACGCAUUCAUGGCAAGCAACGAUGAUCCGAUUCCGUGGAAAGAUGAUCGUACUGACAACAGAAGUACUGUUAUCGAAAAAAGAUUGCUGAAAACAGAAUCUUGA